ACCCCAAGGUCAGAGAGGAUGGGGAGGGGGGCAGCCUGACCCCUACGCUAAACUAGACCCCAAGGUGAAAUCAGCGUUCACGAGGGCCUAUAACCGGGAGACCCACCUGACACCGUACUCCCUCCAACCAAUCAAGAAGGGCCGUCGUGGCGGGGGGGUGGAGGCAGAACCGGGAGGAGAAGGGCAAGAGGAACAGCCUGAGGAAGAGGAGGAGGAGGAGGGUGUUGCAGCUGACGCCAUGAUCAAAUUGAAGAAGGCCAAACCCUCCAAGGAGCCCAAGAAGGAGAAGACAACAGCCGGGGAUACUGGGAAGGGAAAGGGCAAAGGCAAGGGCAAAGCCAGGAAGUGACCCCUAACCUCUCAGACAACAAAAAAGCGAACUGUACAACACCUCUUCUCUGACGUUCUGAAGAACAAACCCCUAAACGGUUUGACCACCACCUACCUGGUCUUAUCACCGUGGCGACCGGAGACAGAACCCUGGCUCUCUUCUUGGACCCCUUUAAACUUAGGAUGUGCAUCCCAAAGGGGACCCUAUUCCCUAUAUAGUGCACUACUUUAGACCAGAGUCCCAUAGGGCCCUAGGUAUAAAGUAG